ACUCAAAUAUCAUUAAACUAUUCACAUCCGAAUCAGAUUUGUGUUACAUUAUAUAGACUAUACGUUGCGAAAGCGUCAGUCACAAGUGACGAAGAAUUAUUUAUAUUUAUGUAUUCAGGCCUCUCUAUCAUUAUUUAAAACGAGAUUACUCCGAAUAUAUUUUCAUACAUCGAAGUCAGCUAUACCGAUGAACCGUUAACAUUUUUGAAGAACCACCGAUUUCCAAAUCACAGUCUAGCUCCUAAUCUGGUGCUGCGAGGAGUUGAAAUCUCAACAACACGAGGUGCAACAUUUACGAAUCGAAAUUCAUCACCGCGACAAGUCAUAAUGAUAAACUCGUCAUUAAUUUUCUUCUGAUUGGAUUUAAUCAUAAAUUCACGAACGGAGGCUGGGACGCGUCUUCAGAAAGAAGAAUCCAAAAAACUAUUGGGAAUUCAGAAUAAUCGUCCAUCAACAACUGACCCUCAAGAGAUGUCUAAAUUUAACCGAUUGUGAGACCAUCGAGAAGAAAAGUAGUACCUCGAAGAAAAAGGACGGCGAUCAACAGGAAAGAGACAAAACAAAAAUAAACUACGAAGAGGUCGACUGAAACUAUGCGAUACGCGGUUAAUUCGCAGCUGUAGUGCGUAUAUUUAGAAAAAAAAAAAAAUAGAUUUCAAGCGGACAAAAAAUUAUUGCAUCGUGCAACGUGAAUCAUUAAUUUCUCGCGUACGCAGGUGUUUUAAUGAAGAUAUAUUGUUCGUCGAUGAGCAUCAAUGUUCUGCAGAUCAAGUUCUAAGCCAAGGUCGCUGAAGGUUAACGACUUCUGACCGUGAUUGGAAUACACAAUUUUGAUCGAACGAAUCAGAAACACUGCAGAAUUUCAUCGUGACGCUGCUUUCUCGUCACGCAUCAGAGGAAAGAACGAACAUUAAAAAAGAGAAUAAAGAUCGAAAAAAUUUGCUCUAUGAAUAAGGAGAAUCAAUGCCGAUUUAUUCGAUAUAAUAUAAUCAAAACGUGAACUGAUCUGGCUAUUACAAAAUGGGGAUCGGAUGUCGAUCCAAGGCCAAAGAAUAUGAUUGAGGGAAAACAAACAACGUCGUUAUCAUUCCAUUGCCAUGAUAAUUUCUUCCAAAUUGGGCGAUCCGGAAGUGAGAACCGUACGCUAACGCAGUGUCAAAAUGCGGUUGAAAUUAUCAAAAGUUGUAGUGGCGAUUUUGCUGCUUGCAGGAUCGGUUGUCUACGGAAGACCUCAACAAAUUGAUGUCUCAACGGCCCGUGUUCAGUCGAAAGCAGAAGUAAAGGAUGCCGGAGGACCGGAAACCUUGUCGCGGAAACCAGCAUCGAAGGAACUGCCUCGAAUUAUUGAAGACAAUAGCAGGGUCCCGGUUUUUAACACCGCACCUGGUGAAAAAAAUCUACCGGAUAUAAAACUAUCAAUGAGGACUGUAGCGACCCAGUUACUGAACGUUUCUGAUCCCAACGGAGCAUCCAAGUCGAUGGCUGAUUCCCAAAAGGACAGCAGUGAGACAAAGAAACUUGUGACCGUUGCGAAAAUCGAGAAGUCGGCGGACGGCGUUGAAAAAUUCAAGAUCGAGGAUAAGGAUCUUUUGAUAAAAGAGAUCAAUUCUGAGAUAACUUCUUUAGAGUCAAUUGGUGUCAGCUUCGGGAGACCAACGAAUUCGAAAUUUGGUUACUUCGAAACCAGUCAUCCGGGUCAAGCUAUGGCUUUGACCGAUGAAGAACUUGAACGAGAAAUGUCAUCGCGACGAGACGGAAGCCUUUACAAAAAGCAACCAACCACCUCUGGCGGAAUAUCGACAUGGAUCCUUUUGAAUCCACCUACCACAACCCCAACGCCCACGCAAAAAGAAAGCAAGGUACACGAAAUGACGAACAAAUUUACGACGAAGCCAACAGCUUCGAUUCAGAGAGUGGAAAUUAAACAGAAGGUUGAUCAAAAACCGACAGCGGUUGUUGAAAAGGUAAUUCCUAAUCCUCAUUCCACUGUUAAGGUGACGACAUCUAGUCAAGUAAAACCUGUUGUUAAAAACACACCGAAACCAAUUUUACUCCGUCACACUUUGGCACCCCAAACGGUACAGACGAAUCCAACGACUCCUAAGACCGUGGCUGAGACUCCAGUGGCCACUGUCGAAGCAAAUAACUCACCUGUUACUGAAAGAACGUCAAUGACCACAACGAAAAAAAUCGUCGAGACACAAAAGCCAAUGACUCAAAGAGCCCCCGUUUUGUUGACAACAACUCAGAAGCCAAUCGAGAAAAUAGUCAAGCCAAAUACGAACAGAGGGAAGUUUUCAGCUAGAACUACCACUACGACGGUGAAACCGUUGCCAACUAAACAGGAAAUCGUUACUACGCCGAAAGUUGAAAGAGUAACGUUUAAACCGAUACAAAUGAUCCCAACGCCGAAGGAUGAGAGCAAAUCAGAAGAAUCGCCGCUUCAAACGAAACCAAAGAAGUCGAUUCCAACGGGAACACCGAAAAUCGGCGCUGUUCUACAAACAAAAACAACUACGCCACAACCCAGGGAAACUACGACGAUCGUUAAGACAGAUUUUACGGGAUCUGAUCUCCUCGAAGUUCCCAUGCAAAUUAAACCGUCGAUGACAAAGGUGAAUAAUGUCCUCAAGGUGCAGUUGAAAAAACCAGUUGAAGAAUCAAUUAGGGUUAGUGCGAAUUCCACUAAAUCGGAUGCGGCAGCAGUGAAAAUUGAAAAACCGGUUGCUGAAGAAGCGAUCGAUCAUUCGAGCGAACUAGGCAUUUCUCAAGCGGUAAAAAACUCUCAGUUUGAAGUAAAGUUCGAUUUUAAUCCAGAGCUAACGAAAAUUGCGUUCGAAACAUCUACGAAAGAACCUGAGGUUUUAACAACGACAACCACGAAAAAACCGAGAAGAAAUUCGCAGAAGCGAAGGAAAAAUAAAAACAAAAAUAGGAAACGUAAACAGCCAGCAACUACAACUGAAAGCAAUGAAAUCCCCGUAAUAUCUGAAUCAAAUGUCACUGAAAUCGCUGCCCAGGAAUCUAAGGUCGAGCCGGAAACCAAAGAAUCAACGCCAGUGAUUAAAACUAAUAAUAAAAAAAAGGAAGUCCAGAAACCGAUUGGUACUCAAAUUUACAAUUUCCUAAGCCGGGAAAUCAUGCCAAGCUUCGGUGUCGUUUCUUUAGUAGGUUUAGGUCUCGGACUAGCCUCUUACUUCCUGUACCCCUUUGGAGGAGGAAUAGCGCGUAGAAAUUACGAAGUGGAACCGAAUUAUAAAUAUAAUCUCGGCGAGUAUGGUGGUAACUAUGGUCAGAGCGAAGAGGAAGUAUUUUCCAAGGUCAUUCAGGGCAUGACGAAUCAUGAAGAUAAAUACGGUGUGGGUUUCAAGGAUUACGAUCUGCAGAACAAUUAUCAUCGGUAUCAGAAAUUGGGGAGUCCUAUAAUCACCGAUGCGAGGUUGUCGAAGAAAACCGAUCAAAGGUAUUCUCCUAGCACUUUGGCAUCGGCACCGACGUACGAUAAACCAUUUGAAAAUAGUUACGAGUUGGAGUACAGGAACACGGAAUUCAAAUAUCCAGAAGUUUCGACGACUUCGAAUUACUUCGAACGUCAAAAACAAUCCGCUUACAUGGUGUCGAACGAAGGAGACGUCGAUCGUCAAUUUGUCGUUGGCAAUGUGCCAAAGGAAUACGGAUACGACGAGACGCCCAUCGUCGGUAAAAAAACACAGACCUAUGCCGAUGGCGGAGAAAUAAUUCAAACGCAGUUCGAACAGGAUCAAAAUCACAAAUUACAAAAACUUCCUGCCGACGUACCGGUGCUUCCAACUUACGGACAACCCGAAACCUUGUCCUUGAAAAGUAGCGUCAAUUACGAUUCCAUUGAAAUUACGCCUACGGCUGUCGCCGUAGAACAUGGCCCGAGAGCUCUCAAAGUUAAGCGAUCGAUCGACGAGAAAUUAUUCCGCUUUUAUCCCACUAGGUAUCGACGGGAAUCCGUUAUCCAGGUAAUCCCACACAGCGGAAGUCAGGAAGUCGAGGAGAAAGAGGAGGACUUGAGCAAUGAAAUAUUUGGUAUCUUGGACUCGAUGAUUCCGGAUAAAGAUGAAAAUCGGAAGGUAAAAGACAAGAAAGUUUCAAACGCGAUCGACAACGAAGAGAAGAUUAAUAAAAAACGUGACGAAGCGAACACCCAACUCCACGAAAUCACUACCGCUAAAAUAGAAUUCGAAUUAAAAGACACCGCUAAAAUUAUGGUAUCUACGGUGAAACCGAUGGAGGCUUCUCCGACAACCACAACUCAAUUUGAAAAACUUGAAAUUACGAGUUUAACGUCAGCUGCUCCUACCGAAGAUCCGACAACGUCUCCUCAAUCGAAAGACAUUUCAACCGACGAUACCAUCCAAACUGAGGGCCAAGAGCUUGAGGAGACAACCGCAGAAUCUAACGAUUCGACAACGACGACCGAAAAAACUGAAAAGGAAGCGGAACAGGGAUUCAACCUAUUUAACUUCGUUAAAAAGGUCGCGGAGAUUAAAUUCAGAUUGGGAUUAACGAUUUUGAAACACGCGAGCGAAGGCUUUGCCCGUUAUUUGGGCGGAGUUCAAAAAAGAAUCAACGGUGAGGAAUGAGCGUUUUUUUCUUCCUUUGCAAUUAAACGGAGGGAAUAAACGCAGACUGUCGAGGCACACUCAUAUUAUGAAUAAUUAAUUGAAGGUAAGCUAAUUAGCUAACGCGUAAAAAAAAAAAAAAAAAAAAAAAAAAAAAAAAAACCAGCAAUGCAUCAUUAUCUGGUCGACAUAGGUAUUAUGAUGAUAUUUCUUGUUCCAUACACGAUCAGUAAUUACGAGGCUCAAUUUUCAUUAAAUAUUUUAUUUGGCAUCGUAAAACUAUCGGAAACACUUGAUGUUGGCAUUGGAUGGUAUUUUAUUUGAUCGUGAGCGCAAGACAGCUAAUGAUCAAGUACAAGAUGAUGCUCAAAAAUUCACGUUGACCGACGAAAAAAAAAAAAAAAUGAGAAAAAAUGAUUCGAACAGAUUUUUAUCAUUCAGCGACGCGAAAUCAUUGCCCCGUCAAGCUCUCUUCUCAUAAGUACUCGUAUAAGUUUUAAAAAAAUUUUCGGUAUAAUUUUGUACCAGUGAGCAUAAUUAUCAUACGUACUUACUUUUCAAGUUACUUAGGUAUAGAAAUUGCGUAAUAACGACGGAUUUUCCAUCACUUCACUUUCAAAAAGGAAGUAUUAUAUUUUGAGGUUGAAAAGUUAUACGAUUAUUAAUAAUUUAUUUUAAAAUGUACAAAUAUUUUGUAGUUAUUGUAACAAUUACGUACUUUCACGGUACAUUUUAUGUAAAUAAAUAUAACAAAAAAACUUUA